AUGGACGACAACAACAGAGUGCAGCAGCAGCAGGACCAGCAGCAGGACCAGCGGCAGCAGUGGCAGCACGAGCGAGAUCAACAGCAAGAAGCACCAUCUUUCGCUGAGCCGCGGUUUGCUGAGAAUGAUAGCACAGCUCCUCAAUCACAACGCGUGUAUCAUCAACAUCAACAACAACAUCUUCGUGCCGUCAUCACCUCAGCCGCCGUCACCAUGGAACCUCAAGGCCCCCUCGCUGAAGCGAAAGCAGGAACCCACCAUGACAACACCGACCACAACGGCAUCAGCGACGACGAGGACGUCCAAGGCCGUGUGGAUGGGCUGGCAAGGCAAGUGGACAGUGUGGACGCUGGUGCGCCCUUAAGCGCCCGUCACAGCUCCCUCCUCCUCGACAACGACGAGUUUGACGACAGCGAUCGCGCCCUCAUUGGUGCGUGCCUGUCUGCCACGGCGCUGCCCGCCCUGUCCAGCGACAUUGUGUCCACGGACGAGGUGCAGUUCAACCCACACAGCAGCCACGAUGCACCACCGGACGCCGCGAACGCCUCAUCCGCAACAGGCACGUCAAGCACCAGCACCAAGAAGAGCAACAAGAAGCAGAGCAAGAACAAGAACAGGAACAAGAGCAAGAACAAGGGCAAGAACAGCAGGACCAGAGAGAACCAACGGCACAAGAGCGCACAUGGCGACAAGAACCCCCACGCUCCCGACAGCGCCGCCAUCAUCCCCCCAAGCAAGAACGCCGCCUUGCCUGCUGACGACACAACAAGACCCGGUGUCUCUCCCGUCAGCAGCCAGCCUGCCCACCAUCAUGAACCCGAACACGCUGAUGACGAUGGCGAUCCAGGUGCAGAGGAGCAGGGCGGUGUUGUAGCUUGCCUCGACACAGCCAGCACACCCAAUGCCCGUGGCUGCCCCCGUGCCAUUGUGCAUGGUGCAGUGCCGCAACCGUGCACGCCGCCGGUGAUUGAGGACGACGACUCGGCCGAGCCCCGCAUCAAGCCCUGCCUGUCGUCCACGCUCGACCGAGCGCCAAGCAACCCGGGCCUGUCGCCCGCACCGUCCUCGGAAGGUGUGCCGCGCAGCCGCUCCGUGACGUUUGUGCCGCGCGCAGUUGUGCUGUGGGAAACGCCCGAGCACACACAGGCGGCAGGCCUUGCCCGUCGCAAGCCCAUUGAUGAGAAGUGCGACGAAAUCAGGCGCCAUCAAGAGAUCCUGAACCUGAAGCGGGUGCUGCUGCAGAAGAAGCGCGCUGCAGACGCGUGGGACGGGAGCAUGGGCGUGAUGGCGCGGGCACGCGGAUACCCGGAGCCGGAGGACGAGUUCCACCAGCACAUGCAGGAGGCGCAGGAGCGGUGGCAGGCCGUGUACGGGGAACUGGGCACAAACGGAGGGCCUGACGAUGAUGAGGCGCAUGACAAGGAGGAUGAACUGGAGCAACACACCAGUGUUGUUGUUGUUGAUGAUGAUGAUGAUGAUGAUGAUGAUGAUGAUGAUGGUGAUGAUGAUGGCGAGGAGGAGGAGGGUAGCACAGACCCCGUGUCUAGCUGGGGCGCUGACUGGAAUGACGACGACGAUGACGACGAUGAUGACGAGGAUGACGAGGAUGACGAGGAUGACGAGGAUGACGCGAGUGAUUACGAUUUCAACCAGGCCCCACCACUUCCGUACGACGACGAUGAUGACGACGACAUUGUGUUUGCGUACCGCGACGAAGACAACGACUACUCGUAUGCCAACGAGGGAGCCGAUGAGGAGCGACACCAGCAGGAGGCCAGCCCCCGGCGUACACCCGACAACGAGCGAGCACCGGUGCAACCCCUCUCAUCGUUUUUGAUCCCCGUGAGCUCAGACGAUGAUGACGACGACAGCUAUGACAACUACAGCGAGGGAUGGUCUUGAUCACUCUGUGUGUGUGUGUGUGUGUGUGUGUG